AUGCUCACAUGCGUCGUCUUCGAACACAAGUCUCCAUCGAUCACACCCAAUUCACAAGGGAAAUACGAUUCAACGCUUGAGCAACCGAUUCGUCUGCCAGUAGUUCCGCCAACACUCAUCGGUGUCUGCCGCCUCAUCCAGAUUUACUACGUCCUUAGGAUAUGCUUGGUUGACGAGAAGGGCAACGAGAGCCUUCAUCUUGAAUUUCCUCUCACAGUAGCCACUGUUCCCUAUCGGAUACCAAACGCACCACACCCUGCGAUGGAGUACGAUGUUUGCGCCAACCAUGUCGAGGGAGGUAAAUAUGUGUCGCCAGAAUUUCGACUCGGUCAAGUCUACGAUGGAGAAGGCGAUCCCGAAGAGAGGGAAGAAGAGGUGGUUCUCUAUCGUCCUGUCUAUGCAAAACUGGCUGAGCGGCGAUUAACGUCGCCGUCCUCUGGGGCCAAGGAUUUCCGAUCGGGCUCGUUCACUCGAAUCGCCGACAGUAGUCAGUCGAUGAUCACCGAAUCAAACGGACGUCGUCGAAGUGUCAUCAAUUUCGUCGCCGGUAAUGAGCGAAAAACGUCAAGAGCAAAAUCUAGGAGGAGACGAAACCGAUGA